AGUGGCGGGGCGGUGCCAGGGCAGAAGGACUCUGCCUGAGAAACCCGAUUCGAGGUAUUUCUGGGGGGUUUGUCCAGUCGAAGGAUCUUGCCGCUGUGGCUCCCAAAUUUUGCUUCCGAGGCUGGCCUGGCUGAGGGCUCAGCGCGCCCGGCCCCACCCUCCAGGUGAACCUAGAACCCCCCCAACCGGAGUCUCAUUCUUUUUCCUGCGAAACUCCCGAUGCUGCCUGAGGCUUGGACCCAACCUGAGAGACCACAUCUGAGAAAACCCUGCCUGUGUCUGCAGUAUCCGCUUGAAUUCCUCAGGUUGUUCAGGAAUGGAGAAUCUCCAGCAGUGUUAAAUAUAUGACCGUCAGCUUAGGAGAUGGCUGCUUUGCAAAGGAAAGGGCUUCAGGCAAGGAUUCUCAGCUCUGAAGAAGAGGAGAAACUGAAAAGAGACCAAGCUUUAGUGUCUGAUUUUAAACAGCAAAAACUGGAAAAAGAGGCUCAGAAGAACUGGGACCUUUUUUACAAAAGAAAUAGCACUAAUUUCUUCAAAGAUAGACACUGGACCACCAGAGAGUUUGAGGAGCUCAGAUCAUGUAGAGAGUUUGAAGAUCAAAAAUUGACUAUGCUUGAAGCUGGCUGUGGGGUUGGGAACUGUUUAUUCCCGCUUUUAGAAGAUCCGAAUAUCUUUGCCUAUGCCUGUGAUUUUUCUCCAAGAGCAGUUGAAUAUGUCAAGCAAAAUCCUUUAUAUGACACAGAAAGAUGCAAGGUAUUCCAGUGUGAUCUGACUAAAGAUGACCUUCUGGAACACGUGCCCCCAGAGUCUGUGGAUGUUGUCAUGUUGAUAUUUGUGCUCUCUGCGGUUCACCCUGAUAAAAUGCACCUUGUCUUACAAAACAUUUACAAGGUAUUAAAACCAGGCAAAAGUGUCUUGUUUCGCGACUAUGGGCUGUAUGAUCAUGCCAUGCUUAGGUUUAAAGCCGGCAGCAAACUUGCAGAAAACUUUUAUGUUAGACAAGAUGGAACCAGAUCGUAUUUUUUCACUGAUGAAUUCCUGGCACGGCUCUUUAUGGACACAGGUUACGAAGAAGAGGUGAACGAGUAUGUGUUUCGUGAGACGGUGAAUAAAAAAGAAGGCCUGUGUGUGCCGAGGGUUUUCCUUCAGAGCAAGUUCCGAAAGUCUCUGAAGAACCCAACUCCUGUGACCCCGCACCUGGGCCACGAGUCCUGACCUUUUACGAGGUUGAUGUCUGUGCCUCCCCUUGAAGAGGAAAGUUUAAAGUCACUCUUUUUAUUUUGUGUA